AAAAUGGUCAACGGGAACUAUAUACUGUAUGGGGAUAGGCCGGUCUCUGAAUCGGAGAUCGUGGAUGACCACGUUCAUUCAAGAACAGUUGAACGUAAAACCAAACGUAAGCCCAAUAGAAUGGCUAACGAUCUUCAAAAUUCUCUAAAUACAGCCCAGUUGGAUAAUGAAACCGACUCGAUUAAAUACGAGAAAAGAAUUAAAGAACCAAGGCUGCUACGAUAUGUACCAACUACGGAUGUAGAAGAGAAUUAUGUAUCAGAAAAAUUCGAAACGUACGAUUUGAAACCAACAACAGAGGAGCGCCCCAGACGAUAUGCUUUCACGAAGAAGCCUAAAAAUCCAGCGGAUGGAUCUGUCAAUUAUGCGUAUUCACGAUCAAGUAGCAGUUGUAGUUCCCCAAAUGGUAAUUUGCCAACGAUAUCUGAACAUGGUGAACAAUACGGUACCUACAAAGUCCGUUCAGUCUCAACUCAAGAAUCCAACGAGUAUGAAAGUGAAGCUAUGAAAGGCUAUGAAAAUAAACUUGACAAAUAUUUCUCCCGGCCAAAAGAAGUAAAAAAGUUUGCUGCUAAGGGCUCUCAUCCGGACAGUCUCUACAGAGUACCUGUAGACAGUGGAACGGGUGGAGGCAAAAUGACCCGCGCCUUCAGAGUACUCAGGUGGCCUGUCGCCCUCAUCGUUGUGUGCGUCGCACUAGCUGUCUUCGUCUACUUCCUUAUGCCUGAUUCAAUGGAUCCAGAUAUGAACAUGAUCAAUGGAACGUACUGGGAACCAAUCGUGGGGCAGGCGUUGAAGGAAAGGAAAACAGACAAAUCAGAACAUAAACCUCCCGAACUCACACAUAGUAGUACGAAGAAGAAAGAAAAUACAGUAAAACAUGGUACAAGACCAUCGGAAAUCGAUUUCUACGACACUGAAACCAAUAACGACGAUUUAACAUCUAUUAUAGACACAAACACGAUGCCAGUUCCGACAAGAAAAUUACCUAUUCCUCCAGUAUUUCCGAGUCACAUAACGCCCGAGGUACAGUACGGCAACGAAAGGGCAGAUACUGAAAAAUUGAGAACAGCAAAAUUAUUAGAAGAAACAAAUACGCUGCCAGAGGACUCUACUCUCAAACCCCAUAUUACACAAAAACCUGAGAAACCUUUGGCUAUUUAUUUUAAAGAAGGAACAGCAGCAACAAGUGCUAGCACAGAAACAAUAUUUAAAGCAGAAACCAUUAAUGAUUUCUCCAAUUAUGGAGAAAAAUAUUCAACAAAAACUAAUGAAUCGCCUGUAAAACCUUAUGUACCAUUUUAUAAAGAACCGUUAAUUGUUAGAGUACCAGAAUAUGGGGAACAACAUAAUAUGGGGAAUACACAUCAACAAUAUGUUAAAGAACCUGAAAUUCCGAUAGAAGUUCAAGAAGUCUACAGUCAUCAACCAAUGAAUUUGGACGUCAAUUUCACAUCAGGUCAUUCUAAACUUUUUGGUAUCUCUAUUGAAGACGCGGAAAAAAUGAAAUCUACUACACAGAGUUCUCUUUACAAUACAAGGGUGUCACCCACUCUCCCCACGUGGCGAGAUAAAGAUGAUAUCACGACAAAGAAAUAUCCAAUAAAUGUUAUCGCUGAUGUAGCUCAAUGUCGUUCCACUCGGCUGGCGUUGUGUCGCGGUGUGCUACCUUACGACUUGGCUGGUGUGGCUCUAAGCUUCAACGGAGUGGAGAUAACAACGUUAAUGGAGCAGAUAGAGUACCUGGUGGCUACGAAUUGUAGCGACCGCGUGAAGCAAUUCGCGUGUGCCUUACUCGAGCCAGAGUGUAACCCACCACCUUAUCCCGCUAAGAUGCCUUGCUACAAUUUAUGUAAAGCAAUUGUUGACAACUGUGACGGACAAAUUCCUAGCGACUUAGUUGCUGCGUUUAACUGCAAUCAAUAUUCAACAAAUAACUGCGUGGCUGCAAAAUCCCCUUGCUUUCCUCGUGAGUUUAGCUGCGGAGAUGGUACAUGCGUGCCAAGGGAUUGGAUCUGCGAUGGCACUGCAGACUGUCCUUCUGGAGACGACGAAGCUAGAUGUGUCGUGUGUGACGCUAAUGAAUUCCGUUGUCGCUCGGGAGGUUGCAUCCUUAAACGUUGGUUAUGUGAUGGCUAUGCGGACUGUCCAAACGGAGAGGAUGAGGCAGAAGACGUGUGUGAAUCACGUGGAGGGCGUGCGGAACUGGGCGAGGAGUCAGCAGGAUCAGCGCCUGCACCCGCUGUUCAUAAACCAUAUAGACUACCUUCCCAGGGUAGCGGAUUACAUAGAACAGGUGAAAACGACAGCAGCAAAGAACUGCUCGUCACCAGUGAUAGCACCAACGCUUUGAAAAGGAACUUCACUAGGCGUCCACUGCCCUCACGCUUAACACCAUACACUCGCCCCGGACUUCGGUCACCAUCUCAGAACAAGCCUAUUGAAGAGAACGUAAAAUCACCAGCACUAAAGAAAAUUAAUAAUUCUGAAAAAUCUAAUAACGCAGAGAAACUUAAAUCUAAAGCCGAAACAGAGACCCUGGAGUCAGAAGAAGAUGUGAAUGUAGAUGACUUGUUUGUAGAGUUUGAGAAAGAGCCGAAAUAUACUAGUAAUAAGAAAUUAUUUGAUAAGACUCCACUCAACAUACAAAAAGGAAUUCUUCGUGGUGCACCACCGCCACCUGAUGAGGAGCACACAGUGGUUACACGAGUUGAUAAAUCGAUCAAUAAGAUGUCAAAGAAUGCACCUCAAGACAAUACACCUGUGCAACCAGAAGGACCUUUAACAACAUCCACUCGCCUUGACAAGUCUCUUAAUAAAUUAGAAAGAGUAAUCAAUGGCGCUACGAUGUUGCGGAAAGCAACACAAGAAGAAAUGGGCGAAUCCGUCGAAAGAAAUAGCACCGCCGUAAACAAAAGCGAGGAAGAACUCCCUGGAGAGAACAAUCCCGGCUCUAUGAGUGCGCACGCGUCGCCGUGCCCCAGCGGCGAGCUGCGGUGCGUUGACGGCAGGUGCAUUACUCUCGCCCAGCUCUGCGACGGCACUAUCGACUGCUCGGACCACGCCGACGAGGACAAUUGCUACACGUGAACAGAUCAUGAUGCAACGUCGACAUCUCAGCCUACUUACCAUGAAAAUUAUUCCAAAGUUUCAAAGUCGAGCGAAAUUUGAAAAAAUUAAAGAAGAAUACAAAAUAUAUAUUAUUAAAGAUAACAUCAUAUAUAGGUUUUCAUUGAGAUUUUCAUAUAUCUUUCUAGCGACCUGUCUCAGCUUUGUACGGGUAGAUAAUUGCAAUUAUUUUAGGAAUCCUAUUUUUUUUUUAUAAAGGAAAUAUAUGGAAAGAAAUGUUAUGGUUAAAAUAAAACGGUACAGUCAUUUAACAUACAUGCUUUAUGGUAGGGUUUGUGUCAAAAAACAUUGCACCAUUAUCUGUCUACAAUCUCGAUUUUGAUAUAUACCUACGUGUGUACACGAAAUUCGGGUUUGAAACUCCGGAAUUAGCUUUUAUGGUAGACCCAUAGGUUUCAUCCAUUUGAUGUAAUAAUGGAGUUUAUAAAUGUACUACAAAUACAUUUUAAAUUUACUAAGUAUCCAAAGUGAAAACGACUGUAGAAUAUUAAAUUUUUAGUUGUUUGUUUUUUUUUUUUUCUAUCAGUAAUUUACAUGGGUACUUUUAUAAAAGAAAUGAUGCAGCGUCUAAAGAGUAUAGAAAUACAUAUCGUGCGGAUGCAUGACUUGUUAAUUUUUUUUUAGAUCAGAGUAGAUGAUCACUAAAAAAAAUAAUCGCAAAAUUAGAAGUUUUGCCCCGAAUUGUAACGUGAUUAUUUUGUAAUUGAAGAUACAAUAACAAAAUAAUCAACAAACACCACAAGUCUCGUUACUAGCGCCAUCUAGUAUUUCGUCCAAUUUAGUUUAAUGACCAACCACAAAUUCUUUUUACUCAAUAUCUUCGAUUGUUUGUAGUACAUUUUAAACUGUAUAUAUAAUAUGUAUCUUAGACUGCUAGUUAGCCUACUCCUGUAACGAAUUACAGUUCUUUAUUAUACGAACUACAUUUAUUGACAUUUAUUCUGUAGUGUAUGUAAUUGAUUUAAUACUUACUAUUUAUAUUGAUAAAAAUCAAUUAUAUCACUAUAUUUUAUACUUACUACUAAGUAUACUUAUAAAUAAUAUGUUUAUAUACUAAACCUACAUUGGGGAUAAAUUAAAAAUAUAUCAAGAAAAAUGUUAUGGAAACUGUAGUUGUGUAAUAUCUACCUAUAUGUAGAAAUAUAAUUGUAUCUCAGUUCUUUUAUGUCGAAACUGGUGCUAAGUAUAUUUAUGUUGAAAUGCCUAUGUAAUGUUGAUAUUUUAUACACUGUGAUAAAGCAAUGCAUGUUUUUUUUACAAAAAGUUUAUCAUAAUUCUAUUAAGUACUCGUAUGUACUCUUUAAGAUUUUAUUAGAUCUAAUUAUUGAUCCCGUCCUUAUUGUACCUACCUUAAUUUUAAAAUUAUGAAAGAUAAAGCUAAUAUUUUAAAAUAAUCAUGUUGUAUAUGUAACUUAAGUAUUAUGAUAUAACUAUAUAAAUCUAUUACAUUUUUGCUAUACUUCGAGAAUAUUUUAUGAAAAUUUGAAUGGAAAUCGAUUAUCAGAGGAUUCACUUAAAUAACAUUAAAUCGAUUGUUAAUACCUCCAUAUCAUAUUAUAUAAUAUUUUAUACUCAGAACAAUAUCAAAACUGUACGUACGUAUAUUCUUUUACAUAUUAGUUACCUAUAAACUGUAUUAUAAAAUUAUGUAACACUGUAUUACUAAAUUUAUACAUUUUUAUUAACUGUAGUAACAGUAAUAACUGUAUUUAGCUAACUCGAAUCAAAACCAUAUAAAUCAUGUAUUCACUUUGUAAUACGCAUUUGUAAAUAUAAAGCAUAUCAAAUUAUUUAUAAUUAAGCAUAAGUAUCAUUAUUUAUAAUUAGUCAUGUAGGUCGCUCACAUCCCUCUUAAAACUAAUAUUUCGCACACAGAAAAACAUUACAUACCUACUCAAGAAAAUGUAAAAUAUUUAGAAAAUAAAUAGUAUUGAUCAUUUUCAUCUAAAUAGAGAUUUCAAAUAUACAGCCUAGCAAAUUACCGGCACAAGUCGAUUUUUUAUAUUAAAUAUUCAAUCGGCAAAAUACCCUAAUAUCGGGGUGAAUACCGCUAAAAGAAAAAAAAUCAAUCUCUUGUUAGAGUGUACGACAGUCUUAAAGUUACACAUUAAUAAAGAACUAAUAAAAAUACAGUUUGAGUGAUAAAAUCAUCAAUAUAAAAUCAUAAUAGCCUUGUAUAUUACGAUAUUAAAAAUGCGCGCCAUUUUAAAAACAAUAUUGUCAUAACAUUUGCACGCCAUUUUUAAAAAGUUGACAGCUUUGUCAAGACAUUGGUAGGGAAAUACUCUGUCUAAUUAUUGACCUACAUAUUAAAGUAAUUAAUUUAAAAUGUGGACUCCUAACAUAUUUACCAUGAAAUCAGUAGCAGUAUAAAUUCCCUUUUUCAUCGUAAGCAUUAUACAUUAUACCUACUGGUUUAUGUUACAUCUAUGUUAUCAAUAGUCGAUUUUGUACUGAUUUUUUUUAUAAUAUGCGAUUAUUUACCUUACAUAGUAUUAAAUAUAACUGUACCUAUCUACCUAUAUUUAUGCACAAAAUAUACACUUACCACUUAUUCAUAAAAACUAAAACUUCCUACAAACUUAUUUUAACUAUUACACUGUUUUGUCACUUUUAUUCAAACUGGGAAUUUAGCACAAAAGAAAGAGACAAAACAGUUUAAAAGCUAAAAUAGGUUUAUUAGAAGUUUGACGUUUUUAUGAAUAAGGAGGUAAAUAUAUAUGUAUUUUAUCUCUUUCACACCUAGCUUUGCUAUAUUCAUAGUUUCGCUAAGAUAAAAAAAUCCAAAGUAACGACAUAAUAAAUCAUUAUAAUCAUUCAUAAUACAUAAUUAAUAUAUAAAACAUCUGUAAUUAGUUAUUCUUGUUAAUAUUUCUUUUAUAUAGUAGGUUUUUACUUUAAAUUUAUAGGGUCUGCUUGUAAAAACUGUUUGAUCCUACGUUAACUUAGAUGUAUAAGUAUUGCUAAGUCUGUAGUAGUAAGUCGUCGUUUUUUUAUAUGAAUAAACAAUAUGCCAUGUUAGUUA